UCUUUCUUGAAAAGUAAAAAAUGCAGGUCAUAAAUAAAAUAAUAAACCGAAUUGAUCGUUAUUUUAAGAUCUCCCAAGCAGUGAAGUUGGUCGCUAUCCAUGUAGCAUUUGUUUUUUCACUUUCUCCCGCGACCGGGUUAAAAAAAGGCCUAAAGUUUUAUUUUAUAGUUUUUAUUAUUGGUAAAACGUUCUCGUCUACGGAUGGCCUAUUUUGCUUCUAUCCAACCCGCCUUUCUUUGCUGCGAUGUCAUUUCCAGGCUGAGGGAAGAUAUAAACUGCUUAUGCAGUGAUACAAAGAUGCUGGUCCAGAUGCAGAACACGUACGACAUACUCAUCCCGCAGCUUGAGAAUCUCUUGGAUGAGUUCAGCGACCGUCUCAAGCUAAUACCGCACACGAAAGCGAACCACUCGGACGACAACUCCUCGCAGCACAAGAUCUCGGAGUUCGUCGAUUUCAUGAGGCUGUCUUGGAAAUGCACAAGCCAGAUAUUAGACCGGAACUGCAAAAUGGUUCGGUUCCUCAGCUCCCGCGGUAUACCGAUCACGAGCUAUCUCGAAAAGCUCAUGAUACUCACGGAUUUCAUUCAGAAAUACUACCACGCCGACUUUGUUCAUUCCGAGUGCGCCCUUCUGUUUUCUCAUCUUUGUAAACAGUUGAGGGUAUUACUUGCACCCGAAUUGGUUCGAGGGGACGAGCUUGAAGCAGCAUUGGCAUUCGUGCAUUCAGCCAUACCGUCUAUUAUCAAUCUAUUCACAUUAAUUGACCUUUUUAAUUACACACCAAGGUUUUUAGAUGUUGCGACCUUCUGCAAGGAGAUCAUUGAUGGAGAGGUCGACCCACCACCAAGCGAACAUUCAGUAGAAUCUAGCGAAAUUAUUACAUCGAGAUUUAUAAGUGAUCUACUAACUGGAAAACUUCUAGGCCAAGAGCCGAUUUCCGAUACUAAACCUGUAGUAGAAGGAAGGAUUAAAAGGUUUUAUGAACUUGCGACCGAACUGGCUCAGUAUGUAAUCAAGAUAAGCUGCCCCGUAAAACCACCCUACUCUCACACGCAUGUCACAAGCCUGGCCAAGGCUGGAUGCCUAGACCCUUUAUUUUACGAAUCGUUGCCACCGUUGUCAAGGAAACCGUCUAGCCAGCUCAGGACGACGCCGUCAAGGGGCAGAGGCAGACCUCGUAGGCUGUCGCGAAUUAUGACAACAGUGCCCUAUGGGUUUGACGUCGCAUCACCGGACCUCGGUCCUAUCAGGAUGCCAAGCCUACAGUUGCCUUUUGUACCAUUUGAUUAUUGAUCUUUUUAUCAAUAUUUAACGCCUUCUUGUUAUAAACGUAUAAAAUAUUGUGUUAUGA